AACGUGGCAGACAACGCAGACCAGCAACGAACUACCAACACCGGAGAAGAGCCCCCGGGUCUCAUCAGGCACAGCCUGGAUGAGCGAAUUUAUACAAAAAUCAGAAACCAAAGAGAGCUCCCAACCAGAUUACAUGCUUAUGAUCAGCACUUAAAUAUGAUAUUGGGAGAUGUGGAAGAAACUAUGACUAAUACAAAAAACGAUAAGGAAACAUAUGAAGAGAUAUAUAAGUCCACAAAAUGGAAUAUUCUGAUGCUCUAUGUCCAGGGAGCUGCACUAGUUGCCUCUCCAUUAAGAGUUGGCUGA